AUGAACCCUUUUCGGGCCACGUACCGGUAUCUUCAACGAACCGCCCACGAACAGCCCGUCAUCUUCUACUCUCUCCUCAUCGGCGUCGUUGGUCCCAUUGCUGUCGUCACAGUGCCGCCGAUCAGGAGGCAAUAUGGUUGGAAACCGGCAGAGAGGAUCCCCACUUCGUACCCAAUUCCCAACAGGGCUCGCGAAGAGGUCUCGGGAUACGACGAUGAGUGA